AUAAAUAAUGUCAAAUUAGGAUAUUGAUUUCCUUACAGUAACUCCAGAAGUUAGAGAAUUAUAUUCUAUUCCUACUGAUGAAACGAUAGUUGAUUCUUAUAAAUUCAGGAUUAAUACAGAGUGCUUAUCAUUUAGUCAAAAAUAUUUUAAUUCUUAUGUAAUAAGGAAUUAAUAAAAUCCUAGUUCUUUUCACCAAUUGCUGCUGUUGUAUCAGCUGGAGUUUGCACUAUUUCAUAUAUCUAAUUAAGAUAACCAGCUGGUGAUGUUGCAAGAUAAAUCAGAUUUGAAAGGAUGAAUCCAGUCAAAAGAAUGGUUCUGUAAAUUCUUAUAAUUUUACAAUAGCCGUGGAUUACCAGCUUUAUCAUUGCUUGCCACAGUUUAUUUUAUUAGAUAAUGCAAACCUUAUUGAUAAAAUAUAUAAAAUAAGUAUCAGAA